AAUGGAAAUCUUUCCAAUGUCAAAUAUGAGUUAUGGAGUGCAUUUAAAUUUUUUGGAUUACUACGAGUGUGCCAUAUCCUGUAUAAAAACACGACCACCCGCAGUGUCUGUCUGUCCUAUUUUCCAAAACUGCUUGCUUACAAAUGGAGCAAACGUCCAUCCUCUCAUUCUGUCUCUUUCUUCUCUACAUCUCCACAUGUCCCCAAGUACUUCAUUCUGCCGUAUCCUCCGAUCACCGCCACCGCCAUCACCACCAUGAGAGGGUUACUGUAAAGCUUUUCGUUUUCGGGGACUCGUAUGCUGAUACUGGGAAUAGCGUCAAAUUCGUCACCGGUUCAUGGGAACCACCUUAUGGAAUCACUUUUCCAGGAAAGCCGGCAGGCCGCUUCUCCGAUGGUCGGGUGCUCACUGAUUAUAUAGCUUCAUUUUUUGGUACAAGAUCUCCAGUACCAUACAAUUGGAGAAACCGUGUAAAGAAAUCGAAACUAAGGAACGGGAUGAACUUUGCAUAUGGAGGUACUGGUGUCUUUGAGACUCUGGUCAGUGCACCAAACAUGACUACCCAAAUCGAUUUUCUCCAACAACUAGUGGAAAAAAAAUUGUACACCAAAAGGGACUUGUACUCGUCCGUCGCCUUUGUAUCACUGGCUGGAAACGACUAUGCUGCUUAUUUUCUCAAAGGAAACCAGAGUCAGGAUUUGCCAGCGGUGUCCAUAUCGAUUGUUAACCAGCUUGUGGUGAACAUAAAACGUAUAAAUGAUUUGGGGGUGCCAAGAAUAUUGGUUACAUCAAUAGCGCCCAUGGGAUGUUUGCCAGCCGUAACCUCCAUUCUUUCUUCGUAUCAGAAUUGCAGCGAAAGUCUGAACGCAGCUUCAAGAUUCCACAACCAAAUUUUGCACCAGAAGGUUGAAGAGUUAAAAAAUCAUACAACUAGGAGGUCUACCAUUGUAAUCUUGGACCUGUAUAACGGAUUUCUGUCUGCAAUUCAACAACACCACGACCUGCAACAAGCAGGAAAUUCGACAGCAUCUGAGAAUAUGCUGAUGCCAUGCUGUGUUGGUGUGAGCAGCGAAUACUCGUGUGGGAGUGUGGACGGGAGAAGUGGAGCGAAAAUGUACACAGUGUGCAGUAAUCCGGGCAGGUCUUUCUUUUGGGACAAGGUGCACCCUUCGCAAAAUGGCUGGCAUGCUGUUUAUUCUGCAAUCGAGUCUUCUCUUUCUCCAUUGCAUUAAUAUGUAAUUUUAAGGAUGGUGUUCAACGUACGUGUGCCAUGCAUGAG